AUAUAUUUAAUUUCAAUCACUUCAGUCAAAUAAACAACCCAAUGUAUGGUUUAUAUUUAACCCAGCAAUAUAGUUAAUUUCAACCACUAGCUUGGGUCAAAUAAACAACCCAUCACUUGGGUUAAAAUUAUCAAACCCAGCACUUGGGUUAAAACAACCCAGCGCGUGUUCUGUCCCAUAGUGACCCAGCAGCUGGGUUACGGUUGGGUUAUUUUUUAACCCAGCAGUUUUAAGAGUGUACACCCUACCCCUACACCCUACCCCUCCGUUUGCGCGUUCACGCGAAGGGUCCGCCAUAUUGAGGGCUGGUCCAAAGCAAUCAGGGCGGAGGCAUAGUGGGUUAUAAAAGCCUCCGACAGCGAGUUUGCAUGGAUGCAGGCUUGAUAAUCUCACUCCACAGGUGUGCAACCGUUUUUCGGGCAUGGAGGAAACAACGUCAUACAAAUGUGAGUUCCAUGUGGUUAUUUUUUUAAACGAUAAAUAAUACGUUGCCUUAACUAAAACAUGCCUUUGUGAACAUGUAUUUAUAAAUCUACACGUGUUAAUUUGAUUUGCCAAGAUUACAUUAGAUUUUUAUUUUGAAGAUGUACAAAUCUAAAUCGGAAUCAAACUAACAACACAUGUGUCAAUUCAUGUAUCCAUUCACUUACGAAAUCGGUUUAAACUUAAGUGUGAUUUGUAAUUUCAGGGACUGUGGUAAAAACCAAGGCACUUAUUGCUUUAAGAAUGGAAAAGGAUGACCUGUUCUGCAAAAAACGCAAUGCUGCCAAAGAAGCAUGGGAGUCAAUCAUUAAGGAACUGGACCUUGGGCAAAAUGUGUCUCACAAACAGGCCGCCAAGAAAUGGGAGAACCUAAAAAAGAAAUACAAGGAACUUAAAAGGCCAAGGACUGGAACAGGGACUGAUCAGGGGGAAGAAACCCCUGCAACAUGGCCCUUCUUCAUGGCCAUGGAUGAGGCCAUAGGUGCAAGGCCUUCAAUUAGUCCUCCUGUCCUUGUUGCCUCAGCCUUGGCAAACCCCACAAUCCUCUUUGAUCCGGAGGCUGCUUCCUGCUCCUCUUCCUUCCCCCCCCCAAAUGUGGCUGAUGAUCCAGACCCCUCACCAUCACUGUCUGAGGCUGGAACCACCCAGCAGCCCCCCCCCAAAAAAAGAAAAGGUGCUAUGGGAGUGCUGGAGUGCCUAGAACGCGAGGCAGAAAAAGAGGACGAACGCCACAGAGAAAUAAUGCAGCACUCAGAUACAUUUCUAACCCUGUUCGAAAAAAUGGUCGACAAAAUGUGAUUUAUUUUUUCCCCCCCACCAUUGGCCAUUUCUAUGUUUGAUUAUUGAUGUUACUUAAAAGACUUGUUUUUGUUCGCUUGUAUUAUUUAUUUGGAAGACAAUAAACCUAAUUUAACGUACUGUCCUUCAUGUCUUCAAUAUUGUAUGGGAUAUAGUAAAUACAGGUAGACGGGUGAUGAAGGUGACAUUGCGUUUGCUUGAUUGUUAGAUGGCUACAUUGUUCUGUGUGGGUUUCAUAAUGUAGAAGGAAAAGUUUUGCACAAAGUAAUGUUGUGCACGGAACUAAAGUGUUUUUUCCAAAGUCUGAAGAUUAACCCUGAAUAUCAGCAUUUUAAAUAAAGAUAUGUCUGUGCGCUUCAUAGGUAUAAGGCAUUAAAAUAUACAUGACAUUUACGGUCUUAAUUGCUCAUGUCAAACCAUUUGCAGAGUUUCACUCAAAAACAAAAGUGAUUGUAUUAGA